AUGGACAGCUCUUCCCACUUGCUCGCCCUCAAGGUCAUGCGCGUAUCACGACCCAGUCUACUCGGCCAAUGGCAGCCAUUUGCAGAAGCCUCUACGCAUUUCGACGCACACAAUGCAUCUUCUAUCACAUCAAUACAGCCGCACAUUCCAAACAAGCAACACGUUCCUACCACCAUUCGCGACCUCUCUGCGCUCUCCCAGAAUCUAUCGCUCCCAUCGAGCUUUGGGUCCAUUUCGCUAGGAGAAACAUUCUCCAGCUGUUUCUGUGUCGCAAACAUGACAAAUUAUGACAUUGAAGGUGUCCAUAUCCGUGUCGAAAUGCAAUCCGCGUCUGCAAAGUCCCUCCUCCUUGAGCUCGGUGGGCCAGAACAUCGAUUAGGACCACUGGGAACACUGGAGGGCGUCGUCCAGUCGGAGAUCAAGGAACUCGGUCAACAUACACUCAGCUGCAUCGUACACUAUCGAGUGCCGCCUGGACUGCGGCCACCAGCUCCUUCCGACGAUCCGUCAGACCCGCGAGCACAACUAUUCAGGAAGCAUUAUCGAUUUCCUGUGUCAAAUCCAUUCUCCGUAAAGACCAAGGUUCACACACCAAAAUCGCCUUCUGCCCUCAUGUCCAGAGUUGAACGCGAGAAACUCUUCUUACAGAUCGACGUUCAGAACCUCACACAGGAAUCGAUGUGGUUUGAGAGAUUAGAAUUCAAGCCGGUGGAUGGCUGGACCUUUACGGAUGCUAACGAGUCGAGCAUCGAAGCUCGUCAGGCCUUUACGGGUCCCAAGACCCUCGUCCAGCCACAGGAUACAUUCCAGUAUAUAUACACCUUGAUACCUGCGGUUAUUCCCCGGUUUCUCAUCAAACCAGCUCCCGGUGCGGUCAUUCCUCUGGGUCGACUAGACAUUGCCUGGCGAACAACGUUUGGAGAGCCAGGAAGACUCCUUACAUCGAUGCUAUCCAGGCGUGUUCCCCAAGCACCCCCUCCUCCCAUCCAGUCGGCGCUUCCUCCACAUGUCCAAAGGGUCAUUGGCCAAAUUCAGCGGCCGCAGUCCCCUGCCAAUGUGCCACAGUCGCCUUCGUCCUUGAGCCGGCCUUCAUCUCCUGUCCCCUACAAGUCGCGUCAACCCAACCGACCGCAAACCCCUGUCCAACAAGUCCCAACACCACAACCAAUUGCACCUCUGACCGACAUCGAGGUGGACCUAGUCGUCGAAACCAUUCCAAAUGUGCAUACUAUUACCCUCGACCAGCCGUUUGCCAUCCAUUUUGAGCUCACGACAGCCGCAUUUGUGCCGUCAAACAAGCAGAGGAUUAUUCGUCUUGCAGCUCAACAUACGAUCCGAUCACGUCGGAAGCCUGGACAAAAUGCGAAACCGACUGCCAAAUCAAACGUCCACGAGUCGAAGGUCAUGGCGGCUCAUUCUCCAACACCGUCCACGACCUCAACUCCCCGGGUAUUGUCCCUAGAUUUUCACCCAAAGGUGGUAGAGUCGCCACGGAAGCACUCCAAAUUUGACCAUUCACUCGACCGCACGUGCAUUUCAUUUCCUUCUCCCUAUGUCAACGACUUGAGCACUCCAAUAGAUGCCGAUGCGACUCCUGGAACGGGUCUGAUUGAAUUUGUCGGGUCUUCUCUCGUCAAGUUGCAGCCCGUCACCUUGACGGCGGAUUGUGACACCAUUGGCGCGCAAGUUGCGGGGGAAGACAAAAGAAUCUCGUCACAGAAGUUCCGACUUGACUUUCUACCGCACCGUGUGGGCCAUGCCAAUGUCGGCGGGGUGCGGAUUCUUUUGCUGGGGGAUGAGGAGCGGGAGAUUGAUGGCGAGCACCAGCACGAGGUCGCUGACAGAGAUCGGAAAGAAGGUCAGCGCUUACUCGACCGAGGUGGAGACCGACAAACGGCAAAGAUAUUGCAGGAAUGGUCGGUCGUGGCAGAGCUGCUCGUCGGGAUUACCUAG